AUGACUGCCGUAGCCGACAAUUCAGCAAAUAGCCUUGCUUCUGGAGCUGCCCCAGGAAUACCCAAUGACGGCACAGGUGUCGUUCAGUUGGAUCCUUGGUUAUCACCUUUCCAGGACACUCUAAAGCGAAGAUAUACCAAAGCUCAAGAUUGGAUCAAAAAGAUUGACGACACAGAGGGUGGGCUUAAGAAGUUCUCCCAAGGUACCGAGAUCUUCGGCCUCAAUGUUGAUAAGGAUAACAAUGUUAUAUAUCGAGAGUGGGCACCGAACGCUAUUGAAGCUUUCUUGAUUGGAGACUUUAAUGGAUGGAACAGAGGCUCUCACCCUAUGAAGAAGAAUGACUUUGGAGUAUGGGAAAUUAUUGUACCGGCAGUAAACGGACAACCAGCUAUCCCUCACAAGUCUAAGAUAAAGAUUUCCAUGACGACACCAUCCCACGAGCGAAUUGACCGACUACCAGCUUGGAUUAAAUAUGUUACCCAGGAUCUCUCCGUCUCACCUGCCUACGAUGCCCGCUUCUGGAAUCCUCCCGAGUCUGAGAAGUACGUAUUUAAAAAUACGAGGCCGAAGAAGCCAGCAAGUGCUCGUGUCUAUGAAGCGCACGUGGGUAUCUCCUCGCCCGAGCAGCGAGUCACAACAUACAAGGAAUUUACCAAAAGUAUGUUGCCAAGAAUAAAAGGCCUAGGGUACAACGUCAUCCAACUCAUGGCUAUCAUGGAACAUGCCUAUUAUGCUAGCUUUGGAUAUCAGGUAAACAACUUCUUCGCUGCGAGCAGCCGGUAUGGCACGCCCGAGGAUCUCAAAGAACUAAUCGAUACCGCCCACGGUCUGGGUUUGGUGGUCCUCCUCGACGUUGUGCACAGCCACGCCUCGAAGAAUGUACUUGAUGGCCUGAACGAAUUUGAUGGUUCAGAUCACCUAUACUUCCACGAGGGUGGAAGGGGUAGACAUGAGCUGUGGGAUUCGAGGCUUUUCAAUUAUGGUAGCCAUGAGGUCUUGAGAUUUCUGCUCAGUAAUCUGAGAUUUUGGAUGGACGAGUACCAGUUCGACGGCUUCCGCUUUGAUGGUGUCACCAGCAUGUUAUAUCAUCAUCACGGUAUUGGAACUGGGUUCUCCGGCGGGUAUCAUGAGUAUUUUGGGCCAGACGUUGACGAAGAAGCUGUCGUCUAUCUAAUGAUCGCUAAUGAGAUGCUUCACGACCUCUACCCCGAGACUAUUUCUGUUGCAGAAGAUGUCUCCGGUAUGCCAGCUCUCUGCUUACCGUUGUCACUCGGCGGCGUUGGAUUCGACUAUCGAUUAGCGAUGGCUAUUCCAGAUAUGUGGAUUAAGAUUCUAAAGGAGAAGAAAGACGAAGACUGGGACAUAUCCGGCAUCUGCUGGACUCUCACUAACAGGCGGCACGGCGAGAAGACCAUUGCUUAUUGUGAGAGCCAUGAUCAAGCUCUCGUGGGCGACAAGACCUUACUCAUGCACCUGUGCGACGCAGAACUGUACACUAACAUGUCAAAGCUUUCACCUCUAACCCCCGUCAUAUCUCGAGGUAUGGCACUGCAUAAGAUGAUCAGACUGCUGACACACGGGUUGGGUGGCGAGGGUUAUCUUAAUUUCGAGGGUAACGAAUUCGGUCACCCAGAAUGGCUUGACUUCCCACGUGAGGGCAAUCAGAACUCGUUCUGGUAUGCGAGGCGCCAGCUUAAUCUGACCGAAGACAAUCUCCUUCGUUAUCAGGACUUGAACGAGUUUGACCGCCAGAUGAACUUGACUGAAGCCCACUAUGGCUGGCUACAUGCACCGCAAGCGUACAUCAGCCUUAAGAACGAGAGCGACAAGGUUAUCGUAUUUGAACGCGGCGGUUGCGUCUUUAUCUUUAACUUCCACCCCACCCAGAGCUUUGCCGACUAUAGAAUCGGCAUAGAUGUUCCGGGCACGUACAAGAUUGUGCUCGACACGGAUACGAAGGAAGUCGGCGGUUUCGAGCGCAACGAUCACAAGGCCCGGUUCUUCACUACUCCGAUGGAGUGGAAUGGCCGCGGAAACUGGACUCAUAUAUAUAUUCCCAGCCGUACUGCCUUGGUCCUGGCCCUUGAAAGUUCUUGA